GUCGAAUCUCUCUUUUUCUUCAACAACCUCCGUUAUCUCUUUCCGACUUUCCUCUUUUUGAUUGAGCCAAGAGAAAAGGGAGUUUCAGCGCAAAGUCCUUUGUAAUCUAUCGAAUGCUUCUCCAUCUCCAUCUCUUCAAUCCUUCCGAGUACACCCGUUAAUGCCAAUACGAAUUCGUGCGUUCAUCGGCGUACGGUACGCAUUCCGUCGUGUUGGAGAUCGGUAGAGGGAAUGGAGGUGGAGUGGUGGUUGGGUCUGGCUGAGCUGGUCAACAAGCCAGAGGUGGUGGAAGCAUUCGUCGACAUUUUGGUCUGCGUCGUGCCGAUUUGGGUGGCGGUGAUGAUCGGACUCAUGAUUGGCUGGUCCUGGCGGCCUCGCUGGACGGGAAUAGUUGCUAUCGGGCUGCGGUCGAAGCUGAACAGGAUCUUGUGGACAGUCCCUCCCGGAUUCGGUGCUCGCCGGCUCUGGUUGGCGUUCACGGCUCUGUCUGCCUUCUCCGUCGGGAGGAGGUUGUGGAAUAACAAUUUCCGUGGCAGGACGCGGAAACCGUCUGUAAAGGAGGAUGUUUCCUCUUCGGUGGAUGGAGAAGUUGCUACUCAGACGGCCACGGCCUCGAAUUUGGUCGCGAGGAGAAGCACUGAUGAUAUUAUCGAGUCAUUAACUGGAAAUGCCGGACUAGACAAAGAGGAUGUAACAGACAAUGACUUGAAACAUUUUCUGCUACUCCUAGAUGGAAAAGAAGAGGGGGUGGGAUGGCAAUGCAUGAUGGAACGCUCUACUUCAAAUAUGACAUACCAAGCUUGGCGCCAUGAGUCUGAGAUAGACCCACCUGGGUUGCUUCUCCAGAGCAGAACUGUUUUUGAGGAUGCUACUCCUGAGCUUGUCAGAGAUUUCUUCUGGGAUGAUGAGUUUAGGCCCAAAUGGGAUCCUAUGCUUGCAUAUUUCAAGAUAUUGCACGAAUGUCCUGAAAAUGGGUUCAUGAUAGUUCACUGGAUUAAAAAGUUUCCAUUUUUCUGCAGUGAUCGUGAGUAUAUCAUUGGUAAGCGAAUAUGGGAAUCCGGAAGAGCGUAUUAUUGUGUGACAAAGAGUGUUCCAUAUCCAGCUGUGCCAAAGAGAGACAAACCCAGGCGUGUGGAUGUGUACUUUUCAAGUUGGGUUAUCAGGCCUGUGGAAUCUCAAAAGGGAGACGGACAAUUAUCUGCCUGUGAAGUCACACUCACCCAUUACGAAGACAUGGGUAUUCCAAAGGAUGUAGCGAGGCUCGGCGUCCGCCAUGGCAUGUGGGGAACCGUUAAGAAGCUUCACGCCGGAUUCAGAGCGUAUCAAAACAUGAGGAAAUCCGAAGUGCCGAUAUCUAGGUGUGCCAUGUUGGCGCAGAUCAGUACGAAGAUGUCGAGGGAGGAUUACAGUCACCGAGAGCAUCAAGUAGCAUCCAGUAGGGAGGAACAAAGAAGAGGUGGUGAGCUUUCAUGUGCAGGAGAGAGGAGAAAUGGUGGGGGCGUUGACUGGAAAUGGGUGGUCAUAGGGGGAACAGUUGCCCUGGUCAGCCUCCACAUGGGGUUAUUCAGCAAAGCUGUGUUACUUGGGGCGGGGCAGAGGGUUGGCCGUCAGAGACGGUGAUAUCCUCAGCUGAGUUGCUGUCUGUUUGCAGCUCGGGAUGCCUUUGAUUCUAGGGAUUUUGUUUUACCGAUUGUUGUGAUAAAUAUAUAAAAACACAUGUUUAUUAAUAUUAUGAAUAGAUUGACUUUACUGAAGUGUAAAUACUUACGGAGUAUGUUCUUAAAACUGGACCGGAAGGUUACCCAGACAAGUGACCGGGUCAAGGGUCAACAUGGACCCGAAGAGUCUAUGGUAAACUGUUGGGAUACCCAGUCAGAUUUACCAAAAAAUAAAAAAAGUAUUUCCAAUUGUAUACGGAGUAUCAGAUUAAAGCCAUAAAGAGAAAAAAAAUAUUCAAAUCAGUAAUUUAUUAAUGAUAA